AUGGACUCGCGCGUAAUCCAUGUCGUAGACGCUCCAGGAUACGCUAGCAGCAGGACAAACUCUUUAUCGGAAUUGCUGAUCAACACCGUGAACGAUUCACUUGCCGGCUACAGUACGGAGAAAGUCUCCGAUCUGCUCCAGCGCAUCGAGCUCACCAAUAAGGUAUGCGAAAAUACCACGUCGCUGAAAAGGCGUUCAACAGCCACAAUUCCCCAUUGCAAUGGGCAACUCGAGGUCAUUUACGAGUUCAGUCGUAUGCAUCAACGAAAUGAGAAUUCGGUGGCACGAGAAUUGGUCGGUGUUGUUUUCCUUCAGUGA